AUGUCUAAGAUUACAUUACAUUAUUUAGAUAAGUCAAGAGCCUUCAGAGUUCUUUGGUUGCUAGAACAUUUGGGAUUAGAAUACAAUGUGGUCCCAUAUGUCAGAGAAAAUAAUCGUGCCCCUGAAGAACUAAAGAAAAUACAUCCUUUGGGUCGUUCUCCCAUCCUUGAAAUUAAGGAUGAACAAACAGGUAAAACAAAGAUUGUUACAGAAUCCGGUUACAUUUUCCAAUAUAUUUUGGAGAACUAUGACCAGGAGAAGAUAUUAAGUUUGAAGGAUCCCGAACAAGCAGAGCAGGUUCAAUAUUAUUUACAUUACGCAGAGGGUUCACUACAACCACCAUUGCUAAUGGAGUAUGUGUACUCAUUGGCUGCCCAAUCUCCUGGUCCAUUCCCUCUUUCAUACCUAGUACGCGGAGUACUUGAUAAAAUUAGCGGUGCGUACUCAAGAGGUGAAGUAAAGAACCAAAUAGAUUACCUGGAAACCGAAGUUUCAAAGAAUGAAGGAUAUUUUGUUGGAGGACAAUUUAGUGCCGCUGAUAUUCUUUUAUCAUUUCCUUUACAAAUGGCAUUUUUACGUGGCUUUGCACAAGCAAAGGAUUAUCCUCAUAUUAAGAAAUGGUUAGAAUCAAUAACUUCUGAGAAGUCAUACAGUGCUGCUAAAGACAGUGCUGCUCAAUAUGAAUCGUAA